UUUAAAAUUGAAAGCGCUUUGAAAUCUAAAGGGGUUAUAAUAACUGCAAAUAAUUCAAAUAUAACAACCCGAGAAGGAAAAUCAUUUUUAAAUCAGUGUGAAAGACAAUGAGUGGGGAUUAUUGCUGGGACUUUUGGCACAGGAAGCUAAAGGUUCCUGUACUAUGUCCACCAUUAUAGUGUGGCGAAUCAUAGAGUGACACAUAUAUUUAUUGCUAGAUAUAUGGAUAGAUACAGUAUAUUUUCAAGAAUAUAUUUUGGUCAUAUGUAGAAGAAAUGCAAAUUCUCUCUCGGGUGAUGCUACAGCACAGAACGAAGCUUUACACUGAGACAUCCAACAGGAGUUCUGAAUGCUUUAACUGGCAUUACUGCCACUCACUGGUUCAAUUGAAUGAGAAGAGAAAAAUAGAAGAAAAAAAAAACAGACAGAGGGUAGCAUCUCUGCUGGAGCCGUUCCUGAAUUUUGUCAAACAUUAAACAAACACUGGGAAUUAAACUCAAAUUGCAGCAGACUUUCUGCCAAGUGCACGUCCAAGUGGGAGAGAGGGAAUAUACGUACCUCAAGCAGAAAUGUGCUCAUGUCACAGAAACAUACAGUAAUCAUUGAGUUCCACAUCAGUGACUCCACUGUCACGGGUUCAGUGAUUGGCCUACUUAGAGGCAGGGCAUCCCACUGGCAGAUUUGAAUACAGGGAAACAGAAGGGGAGGGAUGGACAGGGGAGGAGGAGGAGGUAAGGCGGGGAGAUAAAGAGGUGGGCGGUGCAAUAGUUUGCCCCGGCUCACUCUCUCUCUCUCCCUCUCUCUGGCUGUGUCUCUCUCUCUCUCUGAGCCGGGUUCAGGGUGGAAAGGCUUUCACACAGGCAGGGGAGGAAACAUGUCAUGAGAGGUGAUGACACUGCCACAGAGACACAUCCUCACAGACUAACUCUGCCGGUCGCUGCUGAUUCUGCUACUGCUGCUGCUCUCACUGCUGUUAGCCCACACAGGAGACAGGGGAGCCAAAGAUAGCCUCCAAUCUGUCCUUGCUCUUCUUCUCUUAGUCUUCUUUUCACUUUGUUUGUGGACCAUGGGAUUUUAAUCAUGUGGAAGAAGGCCAAACGGCUCAUCUGGAUUUCGCCGACGCUGCGUCUCAUCCUGCCUGGCCUUUUCUGAGCAGGAUGGACUCUCUGGAGUCAGAGCUGACCUGCCCAAUCUGCCUGGAGCUCUUUGAAGACCCGCUUCUGCUCCCCUGUGCUCACAGCCUGUGCUUCGGCUGUGCCCACCGCAUCCUAGCCUCCCACUGCACUGCCAGCGAGUCUGUUCAGAAAAUUGCAGCGUUCCAGUGUCCCACCUGUAGAUAUGUCAUCUCUCUGAGUCCUGAGCGUGGACUUGAAGGGCUAAAGAGAAACGUGACUUUGCAGAACAUCAUCGACAGGGUUCAGCGGGCCUCAUCUUCAGCUGGCCUCCCUCUACAACUGUCUACAUCCUACAGUGGGCCCAACUCUCCCAGUGAGGAGGGCUGCAACCGGUUGGCACUGAUCCCUGUAAGCGCUGCCAUGUCCAGCCCAACUAUGCCUGCCGAACAGGUUCAGUGCCAGUUCUGUGAACAGGACCCACCACAAGAUGCUGUCAAGACAUGUGUGACAUGUGAGGUGUCGUAUUGUGAGGAAUGCCUGCGGGCGACACACCCCAACAAGAAGCCGUUCACGGGCCACCGGCUCAUUGAGCCCAUGCCUGACUCCCACCUCAGAGGCCUCCAGUGCCUAGAGCACGAGGAGGAGAAAGUAAACAUGUACUGUGUCAGUGAUGAUCAGCUGAUCUGCUCGCUGUGCAAGCUGGUUGGCCGACACAGGGACCACCAGGUGGCAGCACUAAGUGACCGCUAUGAGAAACUCAGGCAAGCGCUGGACUCCAACCUGAGCAAUUUAAUCAAGAAAAACAACGAGCUGGAGUCACUCAUGGGAAAGCUGAUCCAGACUUGUCAACAAGUAGAGGUGAACGCCUCGCACCAGGAGAGCAAACUGAUGGAGGAGUGCGACGUCUUGAUUGACAUCAUCCAGCAGAGGAGGCAGAUUAUAGGCAGCAAGAUUAAGGAGGGAAAGACACAAAGGGUUCGAAAGCUGGCUCAGCAGAUUUCCAACUGCAAACAGUGCAUUGAGAGAUCCUCAGCCCUUAUAACUCAGGCUGACCAGACUCUGAAGGAAAGUGAUCACGCUCGAUUCCUGCAGACAGCCAAGAACAUUAACGAGAGGGUUUCCAUGGCAACUGCAUCCACCCAAGUUCUGAUCCCUGAGAUUCACCUGACAGACACUUUUGACUCCUUCGCCCUGGACUUCACCAGAGAGAAGAAGUUGCUGGAGAGUCUGGACUACCUCACUGCUCCAAGUGCUCCCAGCAUACGGGAGGAGUUGUGCACCGCUUCGUACGACACCAUUUCCGUCCACUGGACGUCCGAUGACGAAUUCACCGUGGUUUCCUACGAGCUUCAGUACGCUAUCUUCACCGGACAGUCCAACAUCACCAGUCUCUGUAACUCACUAGAGAGCUGGAUGAUUGUCCCCAACAUCAAGCAGAACCACUACACAGUACACGGCCUGCAGAGCGGCACCAAGUAUAUCUUUGUUGUCAAGGCCAUUAACCAAGCAGGGAGCAGGAGCAGUGAACCAGGGACUCUGAAGACCAACAGCCAACCUUUUAAACUAGACCCGAAAUCCGCUCACAAGAAGCUGAGGGUGUCCCACGAUAACCUGACAGUGGAGCGAGACGAAACCACAUCCAAGAAAGGCCACAGCCAGGAGCGGUUCUCCAGCCAGAGCAGCUACGGCGUCGUCGGGAAUGUCUACAUCGACAGCGGGCGCCACUACUGGGAGGCUCUGAUUGGAGGAAGCACGUGGUACGCUUUGGGCAUAGCCUAUAAAUCUGCUCCAAAGCACGACUGGAUCGGGAAAGACUCGGCCUCCUGGGUCUUCUGCCGCUGCAACAACACUUGGGUGGUGCGCCACAACAGCAAGGAGCUGGCCAUGGACCCCUCACCCCAUCUGAGAAGAGUCGGCGUCCUGCUGGACUACGACGCCGGGUACCUGACCUUUUACGACUCUGUGGGCUCCCAACACCUGCACACAUUCCACGUGUCCUUUGUCCAACCUGUGUGUCCCGUCUUCAAUGUGUGGAAUAAAUGUCUGACAAUACUCACUGGUCUGCCAAUCCCUGACCAUUUAGAGGCACUGGAGCCUCACCACUAAAAAUAACCCCAUGAAAACUGGUUUCUUAUUUUUAAGCUGCACUGGAAAACAAAUUCUCAACCCCGCAUUGGUAACUGAGAAGUAUUUUAGGAUUUCAAAUGGCUGCAAUUCCAUUGAAAAGUCAGUGUCGUCAGUGUGCAUUGCAAACAUGACUGAAACCCCUUAACCUAUAAAUAUUUCUCAAGUCAAGUAUAGCAGCCUUAAAAGAAAAACAACCAGACAAGAAUCAGAGUCGUUUUGUUUUUUUUGUUAUUUGAAGUGUGAAAAAGUGAUCUGAGUUUUUUCCCCGAGUUGUUUUUUAUCAUUUCUAAUAGCAAGUGCAAUACUGCUUCAUGUUGUAUCGACCGAUAUGGACUUGUUUAAGAUGGAUAGCAAUAAGCUGGGAGUCAGUGCAGAGGAAACCCAGGACUAAUGAACCCUGCUAGUUCUUUGAGGCACUUUGAGCCGUGAGGGGCGGUACAGCAGAGGGAGAAAAGCCACAAAUCAUUUUCUAAUGUUCCUCUCUUUUCCAUCUUUAUAGGAUAUAGCACUUUGAAUAUGCGCGCACACACACACACACACCAACAGAGUCCUAAAAUGUCCCUGUUUUUUUCCUAAAAGAAAGACUAGAAUUAUAGAUAUAUUAUAUUUUAUAAAUUGAGAAUUUUUAUCUCUCUAUUUUCCCCCUUGUUCAAUUCAGGAAAUAAAAGAGCCAAAGUAGCUGUUGAUGUCUUUUCAGGUGUCUACUUUAUAAAAAAUUAAAGACAACUUUUAAAAGAAGUUUGUUCACGUAGUGAGGGUUUGCUGGGAAUAGAGGAAAACUCAACUAAUGACCAUGUUUUUGCACAUCUUUAAAUCUUGCCAUACUGAUGCUUUGUUCAAUACGUUUGCAAUUUCAUUGUGCAGCCUUCUUUUUUUGGUCUGUACGGUGGUAACAAUUUUCUAUUCCAGCAGCUUGAGGAGCGCUGAAAUCAUAACAUUGUGUGAACAAUAAUGGCAUUGGGAGUGUUGAAAAAGUAGCUCUUAUUGAUUCAACCACCGGUUCAGACCACCAAAUGUGCAAGACAGUUCAAUUCUUCUUUGUGUUUCCUCGGCAUUAAAGCCCAUCUGCAUGUUUACUCGUGUCCUCUGUGAGUAUUUACAUAGAUCUUUGUUUAAUGUCUCCAUUGGAGCAGUAUAUGACCACAGUGUUACAUGUUUGCGGACGGAAUUUAAGUUGUCGCUGUUGUCUGAGGUGAAUCUGAGAAAAACAAUAAACUUUUGUUUUUACUUGAAGCUGUUUUCUCCCUUUUUCCAACUUUCCAUCUUAAUUUUAAAACAUUAAAGCUGUAAAGUAGACUGUUGAUGAAAUACAAGGAGCAUUUGUUUUUU